AUAAUGCCAGGCCUAUCAUGGAUAUCAAUAAUUAAAAAAAGCUCUAUUCUUUUCCAAUUAUAAUACCAUUGAAUGAUAAACUUAGACUUUUUAAUAUAAUUGACCAAUCUUUUACAUAGGCUCCAGACAUAGGGUGCCUGGUGUCGACUCCAAAGGACUCCGGUGGAAACAGAAGGAAACCAGGGAGUAUUGGAGAAGUUUCGGUCUAUGUCCCCGGUCUACGAAUUCCUAAACCUGUUGAUUUUGCUCAGUCACUUGGAGAUCACUUGUCAAAGAAAAUAGUAGAGCGCCUUUCGGCUCUUAGAACACGUAUAGUUGUAAUGGCUAGCCAAGAAGGCCCUACAAUUACAAGAACAAAAAGAAAAAGUGCUACUCAACAUGGUGGUUCGACACUGCUUGAUCUUCUGCAGGCUCUAGAAGAUUAUUUGCCGGUUCUUUUGGGGUUAGUCAAUGAUGGAAGCCAUUUACAAUAUAAAGUACAAUUUGUUUGGGUUAAUCAAGAGGAUGAUGCUGAGGCUAAUUUUUUACUGCUUCCAAGAUCAUCCACUGAUGGUUAUCAGCUUAAGGUAUCUGAAGAAAGCAGACGAGCUUCUGUUGAUAUCUUCUUAAAGGCUGCUGGAUAUCUGGAUUGUGCUGUCAAACAUGUUCUUCCCCAGUUGCCGGCCGAACUCAGGAGGAAUUUACCAGUAGACUUAGCAGAAGGAACGCUUCGAGCACUCUCUCUACAGGCAUUAGGCCAGGGAGUGGAUAUCCAACUUGGAAUGGCAAUUGAUAGUACCAAGGCCACUCUAGCUGUGAAGCGUAGACUUGCAUGCAAAAUGGUUAAUUGA